AAUAGUAGUUCCGCGUCAUCCCAUACUUUUACCACAGACGUGGACUCAUAAUACUCCAAGAAACACUCUUUUAUUGCAACCAAACAAAAACAACAAACUUCAUCUCCGAUUCAGAUUCCGAUUCCUCCUUGUAUCUUCAUUCACUAUGGCACUACGUGUUCUACCCGUUUAUUGCCAGCUUAGCUCAGCGAACAAGGCAACAGCUCAGCCUCAGCAAGCCGAUACGAGUAGUGUUCCGGUUCAGAAGCUGGAUGCGGGGAGGAUUGUGCUGCAGCCCCGGGUGUGUACGCUUCGAUCUUAUGCGGCCGCACCUGCGAUGAUGAAGAGUGGUAACAAGACCAACGGCGGUGAUGCUUUGGAGGAUGGUGAGGUUUCCAGGUUUUUCGGGACUUUGUCCAACUAUAUUGAGAGUUCCAGGAAGAGCCAGGACUUUGAGAUCAUCUCUGGCCGUCUUGCCAUGAUUGUAUUUGCAGGCACAGUUAUAAUGGAAUCAAUGACAGGAAAUUCAACAUUCAGAAAGAUGGAUUUGCAGGGAAUUGCAGAAGCGGCAGGAGUGUGUGUGGCAGCUAUAACUUGUGCUGCAACUUUUGCUUAUUUCUCUAGUGCCCGAAACAGAGUAGGACGGAUAUUCACUCUCGGUUGUAACACUUUCAUCGACGCUCUCAUUGAUCAGAUCAUAGAUGGCUUGUUUUACGAGAGUGAACUGAGCGAUUGGUCAGAUGAAACAUGAAACUAUUUGGAGAGGAUGGAGGGCUUGCCAAUUCAUGGUUUAUCUCAUAUCUGAAUCAGAGAGACUACUAAACGAUAUGAAGAAAACGUAUUCCAUAUUUCAGAACAUCAGUAACAGAUGUUUCAAGAAAGCCUUGCGAGUGGUGUAAAAAUAUGGUGGAACACUGUACCCUUGUAGAUAUAUCUGUUGGUUAUUUUAGUGUAAAUUGUAUUAACUAGUUGAUCAAUGUAAUCAUAAUAUUACAUCGAACAAGUCAGGAGAGUACGGAGUGUAUGCUUAGUUUGAGUUUAUUAUGAUUAUUAGUGCUUAUGAGGCA